GCUAAGCUUGCCAUCGACACAUCGGCCUCGGCCGCACAAUUUCCCCACCACCUUGCGUCCUUUCCACCGCCUUUCGAGAUGCCGCAGGUGCCGGCUGGGUGGAUUGGGGGAUGUCCUGGAGAUCUAUAAGAGAGCCGAGCCGCUAGAGACUGCUGCGCUUGUGUGCUAGGGGCCAAGGGCCACACACCACCACCAACGCCAACGUCCCACGCGCCGACAAUGAAGCUGUCCUCCCUCGCAACCAUCGCCGGCACGCUCGCCGCCGCCGCCGCCGCCGCCGCCUUCGCGGUUGAGCCACCUCCCGGCGUGCCGCGCAACGCCCUGGAGUUCCGCGAGAAGCACCCCGUCGCAAGGCGCUCCGCGGGCUGCCGCAAGACCGUCACCCCGCGCGCGUCCACCCACGACCUGGACGAUGUGUCUGCCGAGUUUGAGCAGGCCGUGCGUCAGGCCAACAAGGGCGGCACCGUGUACCUGCCCAAAGAUCAGACGUUUGUCAUCGGCAAGCCGCUGGACCUGACGUUCCUCGACGACUUUCAGCUGCACCUCGAGGGCACGCUCAAGUUCACCAACGACACGCCGUACUGGCAGGCAAAUGCCUUUUACCAUCCGUUCCAGCGGUCGUUGAUGUUCUGGAAAUGGGGAGGGAAGGACAUCAAGAUAUAUGGCGAGGGCACCAUGGACGGCAACGGCCAGAGGUGGUGGAAUGAGUUUGCCGGCCUGGAAAUCCUGGACCCCAACAACCCCUACCUGCGCCCCAUUCUCUUCUACGCCGAGAACACCACAAACCUAGAGAUCACGGGUAUUCAGAUGAAGAACAGCCCUGUGUGGCACAAUUUUGUGGUCACCUCCAAGAACAUCAGCUACAAGGAUGUUAUCAUCGAGGCCAUCACCAACAACGCCACCGCUCUCCCCAAGAACUCGGACUUCUUCAACUCCCUCAACGUGGAGGGGGUCAACGUCGAGCGCGUCUGGGUCAACGUCGGCGACGACUGCUUCUCACCAAAGUCGAACACGAGUAAAAUCCACGUCGACACCAUGUACUGCAACGGCACCCACGGCCAGUCCCUGGGCUCUCUGGGCCAGUAUGCUGGCGAGACCGUCUAUGUCGAGGACGUCGUCAUCGAGAACGUCUGGAUGCUCAACGGCGACUACGGCGGCCGCAUCAAGGUGUGGGCCGGGGAGAACGUCGGGCAGGGAUGGGUCCGCAACGUCACCUACCGCAACUUCUGGACCGGCAGGAUCGACUACGCCGCCUUCCUCGACUCGUGCUACUUCAACAUCCCCGCCGAGCAGUGCAACCGGUUCCCGUCCAAGAUGAACGUGACCGACGUCACGUUCGAGAACUUCUCGGGCCACUCGAGCGGCCGCUACGGCAACGCCGUGGCCCGCCUGACGUGCUCGACCAGCGCGUCGGCCGUGUGCAGGAACAUCACCUUCAAGAACUUCAACGUCACCACCCCGUGCGGCGGCAAGCCCGUCGUCAUCUGCGACGGCGUCAGCGGGCUCGGCCAGGACUGCGUGCCGUUCGACAGCGCCGAGGCCCGCGCCGCCCUGGCCGCCAAGUGCAGCAUCCCGCCCGUCGCCAUCGCGCCGCCCUGGCCUGUCCGGGAGUGGAAGUAGGCGGGGACGGCUGGGUGGGGUUCGUUUGCGGUUGUGAGCGGUGGAGAGAUGGACAGGGCUAGGAUGUCUUCGCUAAUUGUGCUUUUAUGCCAAGCCACGCCUUUUGAGCUCAUCAUAAACACUUUUCCGUACACACCAUACUGAUCCUCCUUCCUGAAUGGUCUUGCUAUCCCCGUAUACCUGCUAGUUCUACCACUCGGAUCUGUCUAUACGUUGACAUCUUCUGCCGAAUAUGGAGCCCUUUGACAGUUUUAGC